AAAUCUUCUUUGGGGCAGCCCCUCAAAUAUCAAAACACUGCUAUCAUGUCACUCCUAGGCCUUCUUUUCACUCGACUAGACAAAUCCAAUUCCUGCAUAAACCGUUCUUUAUAUAUUUUAGCCUCCAGCCCCCUAAUCCUCUUUGUUGCUCUUCUCCGCGUUCACAUUUGACUUCCCAAAAGGAAGGAAAAUGUCACCGCGCAUCUCAGGCUGAGGUGCCCACCUUCAAUUUCUCUCCAUCCCACCCCCUUCUUUGCAGAAGAUCUCCUUCAAAACAUGGACCAGCGCGAAGCUUGGGACCGCUUCUACGCCCGGAGGGAGAAAAACGGAUCUCCCCAUCCAUUCGACUGGUUCUUUGGCUACAAAGAGAUCUCAACGCUUCUCGGCUCCGUUCUUAGGGGGCUACCCCCUGGCCGGGCCCGGGUCUUAGAUGUCGGCUGCGGUACUUCAUCCUUGGGCUUGGAGCUCUACCAACGCUCAUCCGUUCAGCUUCAUGUCUCUUGUCUGGACUUUUCAUCCGCAGCCAUCCAAUGUCUCACUCGGAUGCUGCAGGAUAGCCCCCCGCCAUGCCACCCGCUCUCCAAGCUGGAGUGCCACCUGGGCGAUGCCACCGAACUGUCCCGCCUCUUCACUUUGGGGUCUUUCCACUUGCUUCUCGACAAAGGGACCUGUGAUUCGGUCCUGCGGGGAUGCCCGCAGCGAGCGAGACGCUUAGUGUCCGAGUGUCUACGGGUCCUGAGGCCGGAGGGAUGUCUCAUCCAGAUCUCCGACGAGGAUCCAGACGCCAGGGUGCCAUUCCUGGAAACAGCCGGUGGGGCCAACAUCAACAUCGGGGAAAUUGCCAGGGUUAACGGCAUCUCGUAUUAUGCUUACACACUCUGCCCCAAAGCUUCAGACCCUGUUCUGACCUAGGCUCCCUUAAAAAUCAGGAAGCAGAGUCUUGGUCCCGGCAAAACCUCUUUUAUUUACACGACUGUGAAUUCCUUUCAUUCACAGUCAGCAAGGCCUGUCCAAACAGUCUUUCAGAGGAAUAUUCAUCAACACAGACCUUAUCUCGUUUGGCAAGCUGCCACGUAACUAGUUUCCAAACACAGUACAAGGCCAAAGUCUCUCAGAGUCACGGAACAAGCGAAUUGUUUCCUCCAAAAGCCCCCUCCCCGUUUGCUCCCCUUUUGUUUCCUAUGGGAGAGGCCAAUCACCUCCGAGGUGUAGCUUUACUCCCAAGUCGGCCCUGCUUUCUGAAUUGUUCUUGUCUUCUGGCAGCUCUGCGCAUGCGCACACUGGGAAUGGGCUCCAGCUGUUCCUCUGCCUUGCUACUAUCUCUCUCUCUCUCUCUCUGCCUCCGACGCAGAGCCCUCGUCCAAGCUUUCCCCAGCUCCCCCAGGACUGGCCCAUGUUCCUCCCCAACCUCCUCAUUGUCCGACUCUGCUGCCAGCUCUGCUGGCCGCCAGACCCAUCAGAUGUGGGGCAGCCCACCAAGUCUCCGAUGAACCCAUCGGAGACAGACGUUAACUACAAUACCCAUAUAUCUUAUAUCAUACACUCCAGUCGUUUAGAGGUGGUUAAAUUUUAUUGUUUAUUUCCUCGAUCUGGACUCUCAGAUUUCCCCUUUUGCGAAGCAAAGCCACAAACACAAGCAAUUCUUUUAUUUAUUUUAUGCGUUCAGCUUUCGUGGAACAAGCCACGAUUGGCUUGCUUUGGGCAGACUACGAAGCCGUAAAAAGCUAGUUUCCGGAUAGCAGGAAACGACCAAGUCAACAGAACGGUUAGUGGAAUUCUGGAAUUUCAAAGACAAAUAUUGGCCACCGUUCUAUACUUGAGGACGGUGUGAUGUGAUUUAUUUUUAAAAUGUGAUGUGAUUUAUUUAAAAAAAAAACUGCCAUCUCUUGA